UAAUGUAAUAACUGCUUUGACGCGUAUGAGCAUAGCAGUCUUGUUAUGCCAACAAAUUUGUCAGCAAACACACAUCACAAACAUCACGCCCAUUCUCCCGACUACGGUGCAAUCUCAGCCAGCGGCAGCUGCGCAGCCUCAACAACACACCGCAGAUCAGUGUAUUCCGCGCGACUACGCGUAUUUACUGUUAUUUAUUUAAUUAAUGUUAUAUAAUAGUAACUGACGAGGCACACACCCGUCCUCUACCGACAAACGGACUCUAGCAAUGCAAACCUUGCUGAAACAAACUGACCUGUGUACUCAAUAGCAAGACAUAUUAAAGCAGAGACGGUGAGCAGACAAACAUAUAACUGGAGUGUCAGCUUCAGGACCGGUGGUGAAGAACCAGAAGAGUGGUAAGAAGAGCGACCUGGCCCGUGCCUCAGCCAUGACAGACCCCAGCCUGACAUCCUCCUCAGAGGCCCCUCUGCGCUCCCCCCGGGCUGCACCCCUUUCCCUCUCCUUCCCCUUCUUGAGGGAGGGCAGCCGUGUGUGGGAAAGUGGAGCGCCACCCCAGCCCCGGUCACUGCCCAGCCCACUGCCCACCAAACGCAACCGCACCUAUUCAGCCACGGUGCGGGCCACCUCAGGGCCAGCGUUUAAGGGCGUGUGCAAGAGCUUCUGCAGGUCACAAGGUCAUGGCUUCAUCCGCCCCACCAAUGGCGGUGAUGACAUCUUUGUUCACAUCUCUGAUAUCGAGGGCGAGUAUGUCCCAGUAGAAGGAGAUGAGGUCACAUACAAAGUCUCCCGGAUCCCACCAAAAAACCUGAAGAUCCAGGCCGUGGAGGUGAAGAUAGUUCAUCUGAACCCAGGGACGAAGCAUGAGACCUGGUCUGGCCAGAUCAUCAGCCAGCUAGACGAGAGCUAGGCUUCAGCGCUGGCCUGUUUAUCUACACUUGUCUACAGGGAGGGCUAGGAUGGGAAGUUGAGGGGUCUGGCUAGGGCAGGCAGGGACGGCCAACUGGUGCUGGUGAGUCUGUCUAAAUCAGGUGUGCUUGAGCUGGGCUGGAACAAAACCCUAGAUACACUGACUGGCUCCUCAGGACACAAGUUGGCCAUCCGUGAACUAGGACGUGGUUAGUACAGACUGGAUUGAUAAGUCAUAAAAGCAAGGGAGGAGAAUAUGUUCAACCUGAAUGUACUGGAAGUGGGUGAAGGGACUGAGCGGAGUGGUGGAGGAAAUAGAAUGAGAAAUCCGACACCAUUUUGAGGAGAAGCAUUACUAUUGGUGUGAUAUGAAAAUGAGGUUGGAGAGAAAAUAACUGAUGAAGGUUUAGAGGUACAGAAUCGGAAACGUCUGAUUGAGAGAGCAAUUGAGAAGGGAGGGAGAGAUGGGCGUAAGACAAAAUAAAAAGCUUUGAAGAAUGAUUUAUAUUUUACUGUGAAUGGAAAAGCCACUAUUAAUAUGUUCUCGAGGUACACAACCAUCUUUGUAUUUUUGCCUUUUAUUUAUAUAUAUUUAUUUGAUCAUUUUGUUUAGAUUGUUUUGUAUCCGUUAGUUUUGAGGUUACUGGAUUUAAGUUUUGGGUAUUGUAGUCAAACGAAUGCACUUAAAAACGUUAACUUUUCUGAAAUACUGCCGAACCGACUACAACUCCUAUUAGGCUUUAUCAUGUGGCAAUUUGUAGUCCUGUUUGCAAAUUGUAACUCACCAUGAUGGUAUGAGCAAAUUACUGUAAGGUUUUUGAAACUAUUUGAAACUUUUCUAUUGUCUGAGAGACACUGUAACACACUGUCAAUGGAAUUGAAAUACAUUUUAAUGUAUUUGUUUAAGUUCUGAAAUGAUCAUUUAAUUGUUAUUGAGCCGUUAUUCAUAUUUGUUUCAUGUCUACCCAUUAUGUUUAGCAUUUCUCCAUAUUUAGGCUAUUUCUAUGUAUUUUUCUGUACUUCAUUCUUACUGUUUUGGGUUGUUUUAUUUCAUAUUUUAGUUUUAGUUAAAAUACUAGGUUUUUCAUUGGUCACAGUUCAGAGCAUUUUCUGUUAGACAAGCCACUGUGGCUAUAGUUUACCCUCAUUUCAAUGUGAGCCUUGAAAGAGCACUAAAAACAUUUUAUGAUUCACAAUUAUGGUGGCUGUUAUCUUUCUUUAGUAUUUAUCUUUGGAGAUAAGGGUGUACACAUAGUACGUGACAUUAGAAUCACAUGCCUAUGCGUUAGUUAUACUUUCCAUCUGUUGUACAAAAAAAUAACAAGUCACACUUUGCACAAUGAUAUAAAAUAAUUUAUUACAAUGAACAUAGUUCAAAUGAAUAUUGUAUUUGUUGCAGAUGUCAUUAACCUUUUAAUAAAAUUUGAUUUGAUAAGAUACAACUAAAGGAUGUGUACCUAUGAAUAUACUGGGUAGGUAAUGUAAAGGGUGUAUGAGCCAUCUGUGAGAUCCAUUUCUUAUAGUGGUGCAGACUGAAGUAGCAGGAAUGAUUUAUAUGUAAUUGCAUAGAUGAGGUAAGACUUCUCCCUACAGUGUCUAAACAGUCUUAGAAAAAAAAUAUGCUAUCUAGAUUCUAAUAAGGGUUUUUCGGCUGUCCCCAUAGGAGAACCCUUUGAAGAAACCUUUUUGGUUCCAGAUUGAACUCUAUCCACAAAGGGUUUUACAUGGAACCCAAAAGAGUUCUACCUGGAACCGAAAUGGGUUCUCCUAUGGGAACAGCCGAAUAACCCUUUUGUGUAGAAAGUCUACACCCUCCUUGGAUUUCUUCACAUUUUAUUGUGUUACAAAGUGGAAUUAAAAUUGAUUUGUCAUUUUUUUGUCAACAAUCUACACCAAAUACUCUGUCAAAGUAGAAGAAAAAAUUCUAACAUUUGUUUUUAUAUUCCUUGAUUAGAUAAGUAUUCACCCCCCUGAGUCAAUACAUGUUAGAAACACAUUUGACAGCGAUUACAGCUUUGUCUCAUCUUGGGUAAGUCUCAUUAGAUCUUCGCACACCUGUAUUAUGCAAUAUUUUCCCAUUAUUCAAGCUCUGUCAAGGUGUUGGAGAUCAUGACUAGAUAGCAAUUUUCAAGUCUUGCCAUAGAUUUUCAAGCAGAGUUAAGUCAAAAUUGUAACUUGGCCACUCAGGAACAUUCACUGUCUCCUUGGUAAGCUACUCCAGUGUAUAUUCAGCUUUGUGUUGUAGGUUAUAGUCCUGCUGAAAGGUGGAUUCCUCUCCCGGUGUCUGGUGUAAAGCAGACUGAAGCAGGUUUUCCUAUAGGAUUUUGCAUGUGCUUAGCUCUAUCCCGAUUGU